ACAAGAGUGUGCAUUCCGAUGGCGGCCUCCAUACAAAACAGCCUGAAAGUUGCGCUGAGGAAGCGCAUGAAGCAGCUGCUCAGUUGCAUAACACCUGAAGCACGCCAGCAACAAUCCCAAGCAGUGACCGCAAAGGUGCUGCAGAAUGAGGCAUUCCGUCAGGCGCAACGUGUCAGCAUUUAUUUGAGCACCAGCGAUGAGCUGGACACCACUGCCAUCAUCUGUGAGAUGUUUCGCCUGGAGAAGCUGGUCUUUGUGCCUAGCUAUCAGGGCAGCAAAAUGAAAAUGGUGCGACUGCGUGACAUGAACGAAUACGAGAACUUGCCACUGACCAAGUGGAACAUUAAGCAGCCAGACUUUAAGGAGGCACGCGAGGAUGCCAUGACAAAUGGCCAUGGCAUUGAUCUCUUCAUUGUGCCCGGCGUGGCAUUUACACGCAACGGCGAUCGUCUGGGUCACGGUAUGGGCUACUAUGACAAAUACUUGGCGCAACAUGCCGACAAGUAUCCACACAAGAAGACCAUCAUUAUGGCGUUGGCACUCAACGAACAGAUCGUUGGCAGUGAGGAGCUGCCCAUGGAUGAUCAUGAUGUGCGUUUGCAAUUUGUUGUUACAGAGAAUUCUUAAGUUUUAAUCACAUUACGUACAAAAUUUUAUAUAAAUCGAAUAUAGUAAAUAUAUAAACAAUACACAUUUCUAAAUGCGCGUG